AGCAGAGCAUGCUUCGAUCAUUCGAUUACGAAACCUCGUCGAAAUCGGACGAACCAUACAUUGAUGCUGCGGCUCGCCUCGAAGAUCAGUUUAGCGAUCGUGCUCAGAGUCAGAGCGUUUUUGUUUCCAGUGUGACGUUAAUGAUACUUAAUUUGUCGAUUAAAAUAUCCGUGUACGUCUGGAUAGAGUGCAAAGUGUGCACGGUGUGCAGAAGUAAAGGAAGUGCUUUGUGAUCUGAUCGUGAUCUUCAGCAGGACAGCAGUGAUAGUGGAAAUCGUUCUUUGCGAUUCUGUGACAAGCUGUGGCGGGAAUUUUAUAAUUGACGUUUCAUUUUGAAGAUCGUUAAUGCGUGUUUGUGCCCGUGAUCAAGACAGGUGACUUAAACGAAGACUCUCUAGUGAUUGAAAAUGACUUCGGCAUACGUGCAGCAGCAGCAGCAGUACAAUCAUUCUGCGAUGUACGGUGGCGGUGGAAUGAUGGGUUCCGGAGCAGGAGCUAUGCUGGACACCUCGUCCUACAACCAUUACAACGGAAUGUCUGCCAUGAGUAUGGGAGGUUCAGGGCUCUGCUAUGGCUAUGGAACGGACAGUGGAUCCUCGGAGGGCUAUCACAGCCCAGGGCCGGUGUCGAGUCCUGAAUCGUACUUCAACAACACAAGUCCCGCAGAAUACAGUCCAUCCAGUCCGUACACAAACUAUGGAUACUGCAGUGGAGGAGGCUCUGGAUCGGGUGUUCCCAGUAACACCAACGCCAGUAAUCAAAACGCAUCCAGCGAAUCGUACUACAGCUACGCUAAUAACAAUUUCAAAACUGCCUGCCCAACCGUUCCUCGCUAUGGUAUGACGGAAACGAGCACUACUUCCGAUCGUCCCGUCCUGCUAAACAACUACCAGAAGCGUGAGGAAAGCACACAACCACUCGCCUCGUCCCAAAGCCAUGCCCUCCAAUCUUCAGCUACUACUUGUGGUACUGCAAAACGGCCUGUUGCUGCCGCUCAGCAUCAUCCGAUCGCUGGGAGCUACUACAACCCGUACACCGUACCGAUCGCUCGCAAUCGAUCCAGCCCGACACACAGCUCCAGCAGCUCCGUCUCGCCCACUCCUUCACAAUCCAGUGGACAAUCGGUGGUCGUGGUGCAGCCGGAAGUUGUGAAGAAGCGCCGACUGGCAGCGAAUGCACGGGAGCGCCGGAGAAUGAACAGUUUGAACGAUGCGUUCGAUCGCUUAAGGGAUGUGGUUCCUUCGCUGGGGAACGAUCGCAAGCUGUCCAAGUUUGAAACGCUUCAGAUGGCCCAGACGUACAUAGCGGCAUUGAAUGAGCUGCUUUCGCGGGAUUAGGAAGCAGCAUAGAUAGGGGGUUUUGUAACAUAAUGUACAGGUGUAAGUGUAAGGCUUAGUGGAGUGAUAUCAGAGGUGCUAUGAUCAUCUUUAGAUUGUACCGUUGUACAGCGAAGAUCGUUUAGGAUAGAACUCUUCGUUAAACAAAGCUCAGUAAAUAUAGAAUAAGGCAUGCAGUACUUGUAAAAAGAAUCAAUAAUUGAACAAACCACAAUGAGGAAAGCUAACAUACCAAGAGCAGUUUAGGAUAAGUAGAGUAAACGUCAAACAACACACUAAUUCAGUUUCAAUAAUGCUACAGUUCUUUAGCAACUCCAUUGCAGCAGUGCUCCCCAAAAGGAUCAGGCAAGUAAGGAGAACGAACAAGUAACAAGAAAAACAGUAUAAAGAGAGAGGCAAGACUAAAUGUGUAUAUUUAAGAAAUUAAUGUGUGACCAAUGCGUUUGCGAGUAGGUCACUCUCGAUUGUAGACAUCUCUGCUGGGUCUCUGCCUGAUUUGGCUGGAAUUUUGCCCCGAAAAUCGAACAGCGAAAAACCGUACCGUCAUCGUCGUCAGGGUGAAAUAUUUCGAUAAUGGUACGCAAUUGCUCGAAAUUAAGGUGUGAAAUCGAAAACGGAAUGAACGAUAACAGGCGAAAGAAGGAGAAACCGAGGGGAGCGAAUGGGACCGGGGGGGCAUAUACGAAAUAUACCCACAAAAU